UUGUUUUGGUUAGUGUCAAAUGUUCUGAAUGAAUGAAUGUCCGCUUUUCUCCGAAAGGGGGCGCCAGACACCGUUUGGUAACUCCAUCUGCAACGGCAUGCAGCGCGCUUGGGCUGGCUGUGUCCUUUCUCCUCUCCUCGAAGCGCCCACCUUUAAAAGGGUGCCACGGUGGGACUCCGGUCCGUGUAUUGCUGCAGACCACACCAGGCUGGACCCAACUGACAGAGCGUGCGUGACUGUGACUGUGACUGGUUGUUUUGGUCGGACAAGAAGCAGAGGUGUCUUCGGGAACAUCUGGAAAGUCAACCUCAACCAUAAAGUCAACCCAAAACAUUAUUGAGGUGCAUUAGCCCUAUGCAGUAAUAGCCUAUAGACGUUUUCAUUUCACCAACUUGGAUCAACCAACCGUUAGCUGCAGUCCUACACAUACUACUGAGAUCCAGGAUGAGCCGCCGCUAAGACCAGUCUGCUGUGCUGUCGAGGGAGGCAACGCAUCUACCCCGUGAUUGGCUCGCCCGUCUGGUGUUCCAUCGCAUCCGCCAACUGUGAUUGGCCACCUCCUCAUCUGGUGGUGUUGUUGAGGGAGGGAACACAUUCUGCUCUCUGAUUGGCUCUGCCCUCUCGCGUUCCGUCGCAUCCGCUUCGUGAUUGGAUGAUCUUGUGUUCCAUUGCGUAAUUCUCCUGGUGUCGUCCAGUAAGUGAAGACACUCACUCUUGUGAUUUGCUCGUCUCAUCUGUGGUCGUCGAGGAAGGGAACCCAUCCGUCUUCUGAUUGGCUAAGUCAUCUGGUGCUGCCCAGGAAGGGGAAGCCACCUGCCGUGUGAUUGGCUGAUCUAGUGUUCCGUCUGGUGGUAGCCAUGGCGAAGAGCCCAGAGGUGAAACUGGCCGUGUUUGGCCGCGCCGGUGUGGGGAAGUCAGCACUGGUGGUGAGGUUCCUGACAAAACGCUUCAUCUGGGAGUAUGACCCUACACUUGAAUCCACCUAUCGCCACCAGGCCAACAUCGACGACGAGGUCGUCUCCAUGGAGAUCCUGGACACAGCAGGACAGGAGGACCUGCUCCAGAAGGAGGGCCACAUGCGCUGGGGCGACGGCUUCAUCAUCGUCUACGACAUCACGGACCGGGGCAGCUUCGAGGACGUGGCCCCUCUGCGCGGCCUCCUCGAGGAGGUCAAGAAGCCCAAAAACGUGCCCCUGGUGCUGGUGGGCAACAAGGCGGACUUGGAGCACGCGCGGCAGGUGGGCACGGAGGAGGGCGAGCGGCUGGCGGCCGAGAUGGCGUGCGCCUUCUACGAGUGCUCAGCGUGCGCCGACGAGGGCGGGUGCGUGGCGGAGGCCUUCCACGAGCUGUGCCGCGAGGUGCGGCGGCGGAGGGCCGUGCAGGGCAAGACCCGACGCCGCAGCUCCACCACGCACGUCAAGCAGGCCAUCAACAAGAUGCUCACCAAGAUCAGCAGCUAGACCUACAGUGGUUCUCAACCUUUUUUGAACAAACGCCCCCUACACCUCAUUCUAAGCCUCCCAACGCCCCCUUGAUAUCAUCAUGAAACUGCCAACACCCCCCUUAAGUAUUAAAAAAAAUCUAAUGGACUAAUGCUCCCAAUGACAACUAAGCCCUGCCCCCUCUCAGCUGUACCCUUCUCAAUGCACCUCUAGGGCUCCAUAAUACCCCCUGGGGGGCUGUAGAGCCCCCGUUGAGAAACGCUAAGCUAGACGGAGGGAGGGCUAGAGCAGUGGAUAGAGGGAGGGAGGGGAGGAUUGAGGAGGGGAGGGGAUGGAUGGAUGGAUGAAUUGAUGAGUGCUGGAUUGAUGAAUGAAUGCUUGCAUGGAUGAAUAUGGGCGGAUGCAUGGAUGAUGGAAGGAGAGGUGAAUGCAUGUAUGAAUUAAUGUAUGUAUGUAUGUAUGUAUGUAUGUAUGUAUGUAUGUAUGUAUGUAUGUAUGUAUGUAUGUAUGUAUACAUGUAUAUCUAUGUAUGUUUGGAUGGAUAGAUGGAUGGAUGGAUGGAUGUAUGUAUGGACGGAUGGAUGGAUGGAUGGAUGGAUGGAUGGAUGUAUGUAUGGAUGGAUGGAUGGAUGGAUGGACGGACGGAU